AUGCAAACAGACAGUGCUGUUACGAGUAGUGGCACCAAGCGUCAGACCAGCGAGUGUGAGACCGACAGUGACGAUGACAGCGACCGGAUAGUUUCAAGCCGGGACCGCAAGAGGCUGAGACGAAGCACCGUCGCUCCCAAGACGCAUGAAGACCGGGGUGCUACGUCUAGAGACAGGAAUUAUGAAGAUGAUGUCAAGUCUGAAGACAGUGAUAUUGACUUCAGAAACUACAAGAUACCAGAGCGACGGUUCUUAGUACUUCGGCCAGCGGGGACAGCUUGUGAUUCAGAGUCAUCGACAACACGAGGAACGGGGUCUGACGUCAGGAAGGAGUUGUCUGAUGGAGAGAAUCAAGAUCACUGGACACCAGCCCAAAGUGAAGAACAAGUGGCUGAAGACACCAUGAUCCUCCACAGUGAUCAGCCAGUCGAUAAAGAUGAGGGAAUGGAGACUGGGUUAGAGGACGUUGACGAGUCCGGCGGGUCAGAAGACGAAGAAGACGAAGAAGACGAAAACAGCAACGUAUUACCAUUAGAGCCUGAGCGGGCCAGUGACUCCAACUUUGACCCAGAGUCUGACGCGGCGAGUACCGAUACAUCGAAAUCAAUACCGUUGGCUCAGGCGUGGAGGAGAAGCCCCCGGAUGAGAAUCUCCAUACCCCAGAAGAGACGUCGUAGUGGCAUUGCGGACAAUCACUACCGUAGACGGUGGAAUUCCGGGCGGCCGUCAAAGGAAGUACAACAGAAUAUUGUAGAGAAGUUACGACUCCACCAUCCGACAAUACCCCGGUUGGAGAUGAGCUGGAAGAGCGACUCCCCUGUGGCUGCUUGUACAAGGUGCGACUGUGCCGAUAACCCUGUAGUUGGGGCGUUUAUUGACCUCAAUGACCAGGAAGCCAUACUGGAAAUGUACCUUGCAAAGAGAGGUAUCCUGACAUUCAACAACAAUCACCAGAAGCAACGGCGCCCACGGCAAUACAGGCUUGGCCAGCAGCAUCGGCGCGAUCUCAUCAACAUGUUUGAGCUUUUCUUUGGCCCAUUUACUGUGGAGAAGGCACGUAAACAACUCACUGAACGAAAUCGUUAG